AAUUGUAGCCUCUGCCGCAGCAAAUUUCUUCGGUAGUGAGGCAAUUGCCAACGAUAAUUCAUAUCAACCAAAAGUAGAAGGACAAGAUUUUGUAACAUGGUGCACAACAUCGAUACCUGAGCAAAAAAAGUGUUUAAAACUAGCUAAUAUCUCAGUGCAAGACAAAGGCCUAUUUGGUCAGGAUUAUAUUGAAAUACAAUGUAAACGAGCAUUUGACACAGAAGAGUGUAUGACAUGGGUAGAUAGAGGUGAAGCAUCCCUAUUGGCGUUAGAUGCAGGUGAAGUGUAUGUUGCUGGUAGAUUUCACUCCCUAGUGCCCAUCAUUCAAGAGUUAUAUGGCAGAGGAGAACCUUACCAGUAUGCUGUGGCAGUCAUUAAAAAAGGAGGCCUACCAGAUGUUCAGCCUGGCAUAGGCCUACAUGGCUUGCGAGGUGCCAAAGCUUGCUUUCCGGGUGUUGGAUCACUAGCUGGAUGGGUCAUGCCAAUACACACUUUGAUGAAGGAAGGUGGCUUGAAGAUAACUGACUGUAACAAUCAUGUAAAAUCAGCGGUGGAAUAUUUUGGGGAAUCAUGUGCUCCUAAUUCUUUGAAAGACAUGUACAAUCCUAUUGGAGAUAAUUCUGAUAAGUUAUGUAAGCUCUGUGUUGGUGGAGCAGGUGUACGGUGUACAUUAGCCGACCCACAUGCUGGAUAUGAAGGUGCAUUGAGAUGCUUAAUCUCCAAUGGCACUGGAGACAUUGCAUUUGUACGUGACACAACUAUACAACAUACAUUGCUGUCUCAUAAAAUAUUAGGUGGUGUGACUGAAGACAAUUUCGAGUUGAUAUGCAGAGAUGGUUCCCGAAUGCCAGUACAAGAGUGGGAACAAUGUAACUGGGGUCGGGUUCCUGCUGACGCCAUUGUCACCAGUAGUGCAGCAACAGUAAAGCAGAAGAAAAAAUACCAAAACUUGUUGUUGAAGAUAUUGGAAUUAUAUGGAGAACCAAAUCCAUUUAACAAGAUAUCCAACCGCACUCUGGAUUACCAGCCUCGUGAUCCAUACGGUAACUUGAUAACAACCACUGAAAAGUCUAAAUACCAAUAUGAUACAUAUAGAAAAGAAAAUGGAGACAGACAGUUUGAUGCUUCAAAUGAAAACAUAUCACCUUUUAGACAAAGAUUAGAUCCAUCCGGACAUCCCAUUGAGUCACCGUUUCAACUGUUUCAGUCUGACGGUACUACAGACUUGUUGGUACAGGACGCCACAAUUAACUUCCGGAUGCUCAAAGAAGACCAACAAGCAGCACAGCACAUUUUAAAUAACAAAUUAGUUGGAGAUCAAGCCGAAAAAGCUGUAGUUGGUAUACGGGACUGUCCCGUGAAGAGAGCUACACUGUGUAUCACUAGUGACCAAGAGAUGGACAAAUGUGUUAAAAUGAGGGUUGCGUUGAAAGCUGCUUUCCUGUCGCCCACGCUGGUGUGCUGGCGCGCGCACAGCAUGCGGCACUGCGAGCGCGCCAUCGCGGAGGGCACGAGCGACUUCGCGAUGUUCGACGCGGCCGACAUGCUGCACGCCGCCUACAGGCACCGGCUCGUGCCCUUCAUGCAGGAGAUCUAUUCGAGCGGGGACAACUGGUACUACGCGGUCGCGGUCGCAAAAGAGCAAGAUCCGGACACUGACCUGACAUAUUUACGCGGCAAGAACACUUGCCACACCGGUAUCGGAAUGGCCGCUGGAUGGGUCUAUCCUUUGGCCUACCUCAUAUCGAACGGAUGGAUUCGUUCUUAUGGCUGUGACGGCGCACACGCAGCCGCUCAGUACUUUAGCAAAUCCUGCGCUCCCGGCGCUUUGAGCAGCGAAUACGUGGAUUCUGGAACCGUACCUCAUGACAAUUUGUGCCAUCUAUGCCACGGAGCUUCUUUCCGUCGGUGCCGUCGCGACGCCAGCGAGGACUACUACGGGCACGUGGGCGCGCUGCGCUGCAUGGUGGAGGGGGGCGGCGACGUGGCCUUCGUGCGGCACAGCGCACCCGCCGAGGUGUCGGGCGGCCGGCGCCGCGAGUGGUGGGCCAGGGACCUGCUGCCCGACGACCUGCAGCUGCUGUGUCCUGACGGAACUCGUGCGAAAAUGCACGAAUAUAAACAAUGCAACCUCGGCAAGGUACCUGGCUCAGUGUUGAUGGGUAGAGCCAAUCACACCGAGCUUGACACCUACUCUAACCUCAUGGUGUAUGCACAGCAGCUUUAUGGAUCAACUGCAUCUGAUGAGUUCAGCUUUAGCAUGUUCUUAUCGCAACCUCCAUUCGCGGACCUCAUAUUCAGCGACGCGGCCGUACGCCUUAAGCCCCUUCCACAUGCCGAACGUUCAGCAGAAAUCAUAGCAGGCAAAGCUCUAUCUAGAGCUGCUCGCAUCGUCUCGUGUGACGCCCCACAAGCUUCUUACUACAUAGCUUCAGAUCCAGACUUUCUAUCAAAGGCGUACACAACUGGAGUGGUCGGACACGUGAUUGCAAUUGCACUAUUUGUCGUCGCAUUAUUACGAUAAGGAAAAAACACAAUAUAAUUAGAUUUUUUAGAUAUUACGGUUUCUUUAAUAGAUAAGAUCUAAUGUAAUUUCGUCCAGCCAAGUGCCUGAUAUGCAUAGUACUUUAUUAGAUUUAAAUAUGAAUAUAUAUAAAGCUUUAAGUUUAUUUUGAAUUAACUUUAAAAAUGUUUGAUAUGACAAAAUCAAAAACUUUUUUAGACAUUUUUUUUAUUGUAUUUACAUGAUUUUCCGUCCAAAUGAAUC